UGUGAGGCGGCGGCGGCGCGGCGAGGCGCCUGCAAGGGCGCACUGCGACCCAGCCGCGCCCCGCGAGCUGUGACUCACAUCAAUCAACGUCUUUUCCUAAAGCGGCGGCGGUUGUUGCAAGCGCCCUAGUUUCCUUAUAAGGUGAGUAUUUUAAAGCUGCCCUGGUCAGCGACGGCGCCCGCGCAUUGCUGUCCGCGCCGCCAACAUGUUCGUUUACGAGCCGCCCACCAAGCUGCGCCUCACUUCCCUCGAAGAGUUCCAGGAGGCGUUCCAACUGUUCGACUCGCGCGGCGACGGCAAGAUCCACGUGGCACAGAUCGGCGACGCGCUCCGGGCGCUGGGGCAGAACCCCACUGAGUCGGACGUCAAGAAGUGUACGCUGCACCUCAAGCCCGACGAGCGCAUCUCCUUUGAAGUGUUCCUGCCCAUCUACCAGGCAAUCUCAAAGGCCCGCAGUGGUGACACAGCGAAUGAUUUCAUCGAAGGGCUGCGACACUUUGACAAGGACGGCAACGGGUACAUCUCUUCUGCCGAGCUGCGCCACCUGCUCUCCACACUCGGGGAGAAGCUCAGCGACGACGAGGUGGAGCAGCUGCUGCAGGGCCAGGAGGACUCGCAGGGCAACAUCAACUACGAGAACUUCGUGCACCUCAUCAUGCAGGGCUAGCCGCUGCCGCCACGUAUCAUGUUCUUACUGUAACGUGUAAUUCCCGCAUUUCAUAAUAUUCCAAAUCUGUUUAAUGUAAUGAUAAGAUUUUAUAUGUAUUAUUAUUAUUAUUGAUUAAGAGCAUUAAAAGUGCUAUGUAAAAUA